AUAUGCUUCUGUUCAGGAUAACCUGUCUUAAGGAGAAAAAGGUUCUAGAAAGAGAGAGCUUUGCCUUUGUUUUCAGAUGUUGCUGUGGCCAGCUGACCAACCAGCAUAUUCCCCCUCUGCCAAGUGUAACAUCCAGCAAAAAUGGAGAGGAAAACAAACAGGUGGAGACUCAACCCGAAAAAUGGUCUGUCGGCAAACACACCCAGAGCUACCCAACGGAUUCCUAUGGGAUUCUUGAAUUCCAGGGGGGCGGAUGCUCCAAUAAAGCCAUGUACAUCCGGGUGUCCCAUGACACCAAGCCGGAUUCACUGCUUCAUCUCAUGGUGAGAGACUGGCAGCUGGAACUCCCCAAGCUCUUAAUAUCUGUGCACGGAGGCCUCCAGAACUUUGAGAUGCAGCCCAAGCUGAAGCAGGUCUUUGGGAAAGGUCUGAUCAAGGCUGCCAUGACCACCGGGGCCUGGAUCUUCACUGGGGGUGUCAGCACCGGUGUCAUCAGCCACGUGGGGGAUGCCUUGAAAGACCACUCGUCCAAGUCCAGAGGCCGGGUCUGUGCCAUCGGAAUUGCUCCCUGGGGCAUCGUGGAGAAUAAGGAAGACCUGGUUGGAAAGGAUGUAACACGUGUGUACCAGACCAUGUCCAAUCCUCUGAGCAAGCUCUCUGUGCUCAACAACUCCCACACACACUUCAUCCUGGCCGACAACGGCACGGUGGGCAAGUACGGUGCCGAGGUGAAGCUGCGGAGGCAGCUGGAAAAGCACAUCUCCCUGCAGAAGAUCAACACCAGACUGGGGCAGGGUGUGCCCGUCGUGGCCCUCGUGGUGGAAGGGGGUCCUAAUGUGGUUUCCAUCGUCUUGGAAUAUCUCCGAGAAGACCCUCCAGUCCCCGUGGUGGUCUGCGACGGCAGCGGCCGGGCUUCGGACAUCCUGUCUUUCGCACACAAGUGCUCCGAAGAAGGCGGGAUAAUCAAUGACUCCCUCAGGGACCAGCUUCUCGUUACCGUUCAGAAAACAUUUAAUUACAACAAGGCACAGUCACAUCAGCUGCUGGCAGUUAUAAUGGAGUGCAUGAAAAAGAAAGAACUCGUCACUGUAUUUCGAAUGGGUUCUGAGGGUCAGCAAGACAUCGAGAUGGCGAUUUUAACCGCCCUGCUGAAAGGAACGAACGCAUCGGCUCCGGACCAGCUGAGCCUGGCGCUGGCUUGGAAUCGCGUUGACAUAGCUCGGAGCCAGAUCUUUGUCUUUGGGCCCCGCUGGCCGCCCCUGGGAAGCCUGGCGCCCCCGACGGACACCAAGGCCACGGAGAAGGAGAAGAAGCCGCCCACAGCGACCACCAAGGGGGGCAGAGGAAAAGGAAAAGGCAAGAAGAAAGGGAAGGUGAAAGAGGAGGUGGAGGAAGAAACAGACCCCCGGAAGCUCGAGCUGCUGAACUGGGUGAACGCUCUGGAGCAGGCCAUGCUGGACGCACUGGUCCUCGAUCGCGUGGACUUCGUGAAGCUCCUGAUUGAAAAUGGAGUCAACAUGCAGCAUUUUCUCACCAUCCCGAGACUGGAAGAGCUGUACAACACGAGACUGGGUCCACCAAACACACUUCAUUUGCUGGUGAGGGAUGUAAAAAAGGGCAACCUCCCUCCCGAUUACCACAUCAGCCUCAUAGACAUCGGGCUCGUGCUGGAGUACCUCAUGGGAGGGGCCUACCGCUGCAACUACACGCGGAAAAGCUUCCGGACCCUUUACAACAACUUGUUUGGACCCAAGAGGCCUAAAGCGCUAAAACUUCUGGGAAUGGAAGACGAUGAGCCUCCAGCCAAAGGGAAGAAGAAGAAGAAGAAGAAAAAGGAGGAGGAGGUCGACAUCGACGUGGACGACCCUGCCGUGAGCCGAUUCCAGUACCCCUUCCACGAGCUGAUGGUCUGGGCCGUGCUGAUGAAACGCCAGAAGAUGGCGGUGUUCCUCUGGCAGCGAGGCGAGGAGAGCAUGGCCAAGGCGCUGGUGGCCUGCAAGCUCUACAAGUCCAUGGCCCACGAGUCCUCGGAGAGCGAGCUGGUGGAUGACAUCUCCCAGGACCUGGACAACAACUCAAAGGACUUCGGCCAGCUGGCCGUGGAGCUCCUUGACCAGUCCUAUAAGCACGACGAGCAGAUUGCCAUGAAACUGCUGACCUACGAGCUCAAGAACUGGAGCAACUCAACCUGCCUCAAACUGGCCGUGGCCGCCAAGCACCGGGACUUCAUCGCUCACACGUGCAGUCAGAUGCUGCUGACCGACAUGUGGAUGGGAAGGCUGCGGAUGAGGAAGAACCCCGGCCUGAAGGUUAUAAUGGGGAUUCUUCUCCCACCCACCAUCUUGUUUUUGGAAUUUCGCACUUAUGAUGACUUCUCAUAUCAAACAUCCAAGGAAAAUGAAGACGGCAAAGAGAAAGAAGAAGAGAAUAUGGACGCAGGUGCAGACGCAGGCUCGAGAAAGGGGGAUGAGGAGAAUGAACAAAAGAAGCAAAGAAGUGUCCCCAUCGGGACCAAGAUCUGUGAAUUCUACAACGCUCCCAUCGUGAAGUUCUGGUUUUACACGAUCUCGUACCUGGGCUACCUGCUGCUGUUCAACUACGUCAUCCUGGUGCGGAUGGAGCGCUGGCCCUGCCUGCAGGAGUGGGUGGUCAUCUCCUACAUCGUGAGCCUGGCCUUAGAGAAAAUACGGGAGAUCCUCAUGUCAGAACCAGGGAAACUCAGCCAGAAAAUUAAAGUGUGGCUUCAGGAGUACUGGAACAUCACAGACCUCGUGGCCAUUUCCAUGUUCAUGAUUGGAGCCAUCCUUCGCCUACAGAGGCAGCCUUACAUGGGCUACGGCCGCGUGAUCUACUGCGUGGACAUCAUCUUCUGGUACAUCCGCGUCCUGGACAUCUUUGGUGUCAACAAGUACCUGGGGCCCUACGUGAUGAUGAUCGGAAAGAUGAUGAUUGACAUGCUGUAUUUUGUGGUCAUCAUGCUGGUGGUGUUGAUGAGCUUCGGAGUAGCCCGUCAAGCCAUUUUGCAUCCAGACGAGGAGCCUUCUUGGAAACUGGCCCGAAACAUCUUCUACAUGCCCUACUGGAUGAUCUACGGAGAGGUGUUUGCAGACCAGAUAGACCUCUACGCCAUGGAAAUUAAUCCUCCUUGCGGCGACAACCAGUAUGACGAGGACGGCAAACGCCUGCCCCCCUGCAUCCCGGGCGCCUGGCUCACGCCAGCCAUCAUGGCGUGCUACCUGCUGGUGGCCAACAUCCUGCUCGUGAACCUGCUCAUCGCCGUCUUCAACAAUACCUUCUUUGAAGUAAAGUCAAUAUCCAACCAAGUGUGGAAAUUCCAACGAUAUCAGCUGAUUAUGACGUUUCAUGACCGGCCAGUCCUGCCUCCACCAAUGAUCAUUUUAAGCCACAUCUAUAUCAUCAUUAUGCGUCUCAGCCGUCGCUGCAGGAAGAAAAGAGAAGGGGACCAGGACGAAAAGGAUCGGGGACUGAAGCUAUUUCUCAGCGACGAGGAGCUGAAGAGGCUGCACGAGUUCGAGGAGCAGUGUGUCCAGGAGCACUUCCAGGAGAAGGAGGACGAGCAGCAGUCGUCCAGUGAGGAGCGCAUUCGUGUCACCUGUGAGAGAGUUGAGAAUAUGUCAAUGAGAUUGGAAGAAAUCAACGAAAGAGAAAAUUUCAUGAAAACUUCCCUACAGACGGUCGACCUUCGGCUCUCUCAACUAGAAGAACUAUCUAACAGAAUGGUGAAUGCCCUGGAAAACCUCGCGGGAAUUGACAAAGCCGACCUGAUACAGACCCGGUCCCGAGCUUCUUCUGAAUGUGAUGCGUUGCACCUGCUCCGGCAGAGCAGCAUCAACAGCGCCGACGGCUACAGCAUGUACAGAUACCAUUUCAACGGGGAGGAGCUGUUGUACGAGGAUACUUCUCUGUCCAUGCCACCAGGGACAGGGUUCAGGAAAAAAGCCGGUUCCUUCCGCAUGAAAGGAGAGAAGGACCAAAGAACGCACCUGGUACCCGAGCGUCAGGGCAGCCUGCACCUGUCACCCAGCACAAGCAAGCCAGCAACCCCGGAACGCGGUCGGCUCGCAUUAGACAACGCCAAGAGCACUUCGGAGCCGAAAUUAGGUCCCGAUAUUGGGAUUUCAGCUGAAGAUGAUGAAAGGCAGGCUGACUCCAAAAGAGAAGAAACUAUUUUCCCAAGUUCAGAUCAAACAGAUGUGAUGCAUGGACAGAACAAGACAGAUUUGCAAAGCACUCGGCUAACAGUGGAAACAGCAAAGAUCGAAGGCACCACUUCCCAUCCCCUGGAAGAAACAAAGAUGGCAUGCAGUUACCCGGAGGAAACAUUCAGGGCCUGUCAAACGGUGAAGUCCAGAAGCUUUAUAUAUUCCCGUGGAAGAAAGCUGGUCAGCGGGGUUAACAAUUGGAGUACAGAGUACAGCGCAGUCGUGGACCAAACAUGCCCCUCCACAGUCCAGCAAUGGACCACAGAAUGGAAAUACGAAGUUCAAAAGAUUACGCGUUCUCGAAGCACAGACAUCCCUUACUUUGGGUCAGAAGCAGCAGUGGAGGCUGAGCACAGAGGGCAUUUCACGGAUCCCGAAGAUGAAAACUGUGUUUCCAAAACAGCCCCUCCGACCACCCGUCUGUCUCUAGCUGGUACGGAUAGAACUGACCAGGAAAACUUACUGUCUGUGAAAACUGACCAAACUUUGGGAUUCCCAUAUUUAAGGUCAAAAAGUUUACAUGGCCAUCCUAAGAAAGCGAAAGCCAUUCGGGGCGACUUAGACAGAUCUGGACACGCAAGCAGUGUUGGUAACUUAGUGGUUGUACCUGGAAUUACGACAGAAAAACAGCAGGUUAAGCGAGAGAAGACGUCCACAGAAACUGAGUGCUAAUGUGUUUUGUUUUUUUGAUUUUUCAGUCAGAGCCACUGAUGAGUACCAUUUUGGUCAUCUAAACAUCAUCAACUUCUAAUAGUCUUUCUCUUUUUUCUUUUUUUUAAUGGAGGUACUGGGGAUUGAACCCAGGACCUCAUGUAUGCUAAGCACGCCCUCUGCCACUGAGCUAUUACCCUCCCCCUAAACAUCAUCAGAAAACGUUUUCAUUACAAAUGUUUGGCAAUUUGGACUUAUUAAUUUAAGAUUUAAUGCACUAAACUUAAAGUUAUGUUUUGUUAGCAUGUGUUAGUAAACUUAGUUGUUCUAGUUGGAGUAGGACCAAUGAGAGUGAUAAUACUCCAGUCAUGAUAAACUGCUUAAUCACUAUACAAGAUCCUACAGUCUAUUUCUGGGGGCAACCAAGUAACCUAAGACAUGCCUUUGGGUGCCACCAAUAGGUUACUUAAGAGAGUCAGCAACUAUGUAAGAAAGGGGAAAUAAAGAGAAAGCAAACAUGAAAAAAAAAAAGGAGAGGUGAGAGAGAAAAACAAUAAAAUAAUGAGAAUUGGAAAGAAGCCAUAAACAUCAUGUGUUUUUAUGGGGUUUUGUUUGUUUUAUGUUUUAAUGUUUUAUGUUUGAAAAUUACAUGAUGAAAAAAAAAAGUACAUGAUUACA